GUUUACAGAGCUUUAUCAGAGUGCUAGCCAAUCGUAUCACACAAGGCGGACUUUGGCAGAAUAGGUGUGAGGAAAACCAUAACUGCCUGUCUGAAUGAAAUUAAAAAGCUUGCGAUAAAACGUAUUCUUAUUUCGGAGUAAAACAAGAUCAGGUUUUCUUUAUGCGCCAACUGAAGAUGGUGAACCUGAAGCAAGCCAUCCUGCAGGCGUGGAAGGAGCGCUGGAGCGACUAUCAGUGGGCAGUCAACAUCAAGAAGAACUGCCCCAAAGGCGCCACGUGGGAUUAUCCCAAUCUCGCAGAAGCUUUGUUGGAGCAGGCGAUGAUCGGACCGUCUCCGAACCCACUGAUUCUCUCCUAUUUGAAGUACGCCAUCAGUUCCCAGAUGGUGUCGUACUCCAGCGUCCUCACCGCUGUCAGCAAGUUCGACGAUUUCUCUCGAGAACUCUGCAUCAAGUCGCUCCUGGAGAUCAUGGACAUGUUUUUGCACCGUCUCUGCUGCCACGGUAAAGCCGAGGAGUGUAUUGCCCUGUGCCGGGCGCUCCUGGGGGCAGUCGUCUGGCUCCUUCAGGGCUGCGCCUGGUACUGUGAGAAACUUAAAGAGCCUAGCGCCGUCCCAGCGAGCGACGCCAGCCUCCGGGCUUGCCAGGAGCGCCUAGAGAUCCUUCUGCAGCAGGCCAAGAAUCGAGCCCUGAUGCACAUCGCCCGAUUAGAGGAACAGGCUUCCUGGGGCAACAUGGAGCAAGCGGUGAUAAAACUCACUGAGAAUUUGGGCAACGUGUCCAAUCAGACGCUGAAGAGCAAGCUGGAGGAGUGUGUGAUGCUGGUGAAGAGUAUCCCUCAGAUGCUGAGCGUCCAGUGUGAGCCACCUGCCCAGACCGCCUUCCCGUCAGUCCACGCUUUCAUCAUGCUGGAAGGGACCAUGAACCUCACGGGGGAGAUGCAGCCGCUGGUGGAGCAGCUCAUGAUGAUCAAGAGGAUACAGCGCAUCCCAGCACCGCUGUUUGUCCUCGAGAUCUGGAAAGCGUGCUUCACCGGGCUCAUCGAGUCUCCAGAAGGCACAGAGGAGCUGAAAUGGACUGCGUUCACAUUUCUCAAGAUUCCUCAGGUUCUGCUGAGGUUAAAGAAGUACCCUCAGGGGGAGAAGGACUUCACGGAGGAAGUGAACGUGGCGUUCGAGUAUCUGCUGAAGCUCACACCGCUGCUGGACAAAGCUGACCAGAGAUGCAACUGUGACUGCCUGAGUCUGCUGCUCCAAGAGUGCCAUAAACUCGGCUUGCUGUCUGAAUCCAACAUGGCUACCCUCACCGCUAAACGGUCUGAAGACAGGGAAUACGCACCGAAGCUGAAGACGGCAGAGAACGCGAACAUCCAGCCGAACCCGGGCCUGAUACUACGUGCCGAGCCGACUGUCACCAACAUACUGAAGACCGUGGAUGCUGAUCAUUCCAAAUCCCCAGAGGGGUUGCUGGGAGUUUUGGGUCACAUGCUCUCAGGGAAGAGUUUGGAUUUGCUGCUAGCCGCAGCCGCCGCCACCGGGAAACUCAAAUCCUUUGCUCGCAAGUUCAUCAAGUUAAAUGAGUUUCCGAAGCACAUCAGUGGCGAAGGCUCUAAAUCCGCUUCAGUGCGAGCUUUGCUCUUCGACAUCUCAUUCCUCAUGCUGUGUCAUGUGGUCCAGACAUAUGGCUCUGAGGUCAUCCUGUCUGAGCCGAGUCAGUCGGGUGAGACGCCGUUUUUCGAGACCUGGCUGCAAAUGUGCAUGCCUGAGGAAGGAAAGAUCCUGAACCCAGACCACCCCUGCUUCAGACCCGAACCGGGCAAAGUGGAGAGUCUGGUGGCGUUACUCAACACGUCCUCAGAGAUGAAGCUGGUUCAGAUGAAGUGGCAUGAGAUCUGCCUGAGCACGCCGGCGGCCAUCUUGGAGGUCCUGAACGCGUGGGAGAACGGAGUGCUGUCUGUGGAGGCUGUACAGAAGAUCACUGAUAACAUUAAAGGGAAGGUAUGCAGUAUGGCCAUAUGUGCCGUGGCCUGGCUGGUGGCUCAUGUUCGCAUGCUAGGGUUGGACGAAAGGGAGAAGCCACAGACCAUGAUUCGUCAGCUUAUGACACCUCUGUAUGGAGAAAACACACUUCAGUUUUACAAUGAACGCGUGGUGAUCAUGAGCUCUAUCCUGGAGCACAUGUGUGCAGACGUGUUCCAGCAGACCGGUCAGUGCGUGCGCUCGGUAGUGGAGCCGCAGGAGCCUCUGCCGUACCGCACCCUCCUGCCCCUGCGCCAACCCAUCCGCCAGGCUCUGAGCUCCAACUUCCGCAUGGCGCUCAAUAAAGGCUGGGUAGACUCAUGCACUCUUCACCUGCUGGAGAACCUGCUGCACAUUGGAGGAGUCUUCUGGUUCACCAACAACCUUGUCAAGGAACUCCUGAAGGAGACCCGUAGGGAGUGGGCCUUCCGUGUCGUUGAGCUCCUCUACAGCAUCUUUUGCCUGGAUUUGCAGCAAAUCACGCUUACUCUGAUUGGUCACAUUGUGCCCAACCUGCUGACUGACCCCGCCCACUGGCACAGCUUAGCAGAUCCACCAGGCCGAGCCCUCGCCAAGUUAUCGGUGUGGUGUGCUCUCAGUUCCUUCUCGUCUCACCAAAAAGUCCACGCCUUGGCUCGGCAGCGCAAGAGACAGCGAGAGGAUAUUGAGGACUACAGCAGCCUGUUCCCAUUGGACGACACACAGCCAUCCAAGCUGAUGCGGCUGCUCAGCUCUAACGAGGAUGAACCAGCGGUGUUAAGCAGUCCAGGUGACCGCUCGAUGAGCAGCUCACUCUCCGCCUCUCAGCUUCACACAGUCAACAUGAGAGAGCCAAUCAACCGUGUGCUAGCAAAUCUGUUCUUGCUCGUCUCUUCCAUCCUGAGCUCGAAGACCGCUGGCCCUCACACACAGUUUGUACAGUGUUUCAUCGAGGAGUGUGUAGAGUGUUCGGAGCAGGGCAGCCGUGGUAGCAUCCUGCAGUUUAUGCCCUUCACUAUGGUUUCUGAGCUGGUGAAAUUGCAUGCCCUCGCCAAACCCAAAGUUGUACUGUCCAUCACAGACCUGACGCUCCCGCUGGGCCGAAGAGUAGCUGCCAAAGCCAUCGCUGCUUUGUAGUGUGUACACACACACACACACACACACACACACACCCACACACCAACCAAGCUACUGAGUGAUAGCACUUGCCUUGUAAUGGAACCUGAUUUCCAGUAAGUUUCUCUCUCAGCAGCUUGUGGCUUCACAGUUACGUUACAAUUUGUAUGUUGCUCCCCCACUUUAGAAAAAUGUUGAUGUCAUUUUGUUUUAGCUUCUUUGCUUGUUAAGCAUAAUCCAACGCUUACCGUACAACCUUAAACAGAGAGGAACGGAAAGACAGGCUCAUUUGUAUAUAGGCCUUUUUUAUACUCAAUAAACUUUAUAAACAUGAUGUACUUAUUCUUAAACUCA